ACGGUGUACGGUGCCGGCGCACGUAUAAUAUCUCCUCUCGCGUUGCCUUGCCUUGUCUUGCCUUGCCUUGCCUUGCCCCGUUGCGUUGUCUCGGGUCUUGGAGGCCGCCGUUUUGCCGUAACGUCGCGUCGACGGCGCCCUUAACGUCAUAUCUCCGUUACCGCAUCCAACACUCUCGAGUCACGUUACGUUAUAUCCUUCGCAACGAACGACGUUCGACGUUUGUUAUGUUUUUACCGCCGACGGAGGAUCCGCUGGAUGUCAUUGUUAACAGGUCCCCGAUGAUCGCGAGGCUGCGGAACCGUUCGAACUAGAAACGCCGACCGACUUGUGGUGAAAAAACUUUCCCGAUACCGAGAUUCGAUGAGCAUCCAGUACACCUGCUGGAUGGGAGGCGGCCGGUCCUCCGACCUCUCGGAGUUCCGCAACGGAGACUCGAUCCAUUGACAUGGUACCGCGGACUUGACGUUGCCGAUAGUCAGUGAGUGGAUCCGCAGCGAUUAGCGGUCGCGCCCAGGAUGGCCGGCAGCGAGGCUCUGAACUCGGAGAUAAUCCUCAACUACACCGAGUCGUUGUUCGAUAAUCUGAGCGCGUUCAACGCCAGCCAGAAUGACACGAUGGAGCCGAACUGCGACGCCGAUUUGCCGAUAGUGUCGCUCGUCACGCAGAUCCUCUACGCGACCGUCUGCGUGGUCGGGCUCCUCGGCAACACUCUCGUGAUAUACGUGGUGCUCAGAUUCUCGAAGAUGCAAACGGUGACGAACAUGUACAUAGUGAACCUCGCCAUAGCCGACGAGUGUUUCCUCAUCGGCAUACCGUUCCUGGUCACGACGAUGAGCCUCCAGUCUUGGACGUUCGGCAAGAUAAUGUGCAAGGCCUACAUGAUCACCACGAGCAUAAACCAGUUCACCAGCAGUAUAUUCCUGUUCAUAAUGAGCGCCGACAGGUACAUCGCCGUAUGCCACCCGAUAUCCUCGCCGAAGGUUCGCACGCCCUUCAUAUCGAGGGUGGUAUCGCUCACAGCCUGGGGGACCAGCGCCCUCUUCAUGAUACCCGUGUUCCUCUACGCCAACACGAUGGAGACGGCGGAGGGUGUGAUAAGCUGCAACAUCCUCUGGCCGGACAACGCCAACCAGGGCGGACAGACGACCUUCACCCUGUACACGUUCAUACUCGGCUUCGCCAUACCCCUGAUCCUGAUUCUCAUUUUCUACUUCCUCGUAAUAAGGAAGCUGCGAACGGUCGGACCGAAGAACAAGUCCAAGGAGAAGAAGCGCUCCCACAGGAAGGUGACGAAGCUCGUCCUGACCGUGAUCACCGUCUACGUGCUCUGCUGGCUACCCUACUGGCUGACGCAGGUCGCCCUGAUCUACACACCCCCGAAACAGUGCCAGUCGCGUGUCAUAAUCACGACCUUCCUCCUCGCCGGGUUCCUCAGCUAUUCGAACAGCGCGAUGAACCCGAUCCUCUACGCCUUCCUGAGCGACAACUUCAAGAAGAGCUUCCUGAAGGCCUGCACCUGCGCCGCCGGCAAGGACGUCAACGCCACCCUCCACAUCGAGAACAGCGUGUUCCCGAGGAAGAACAAAGCCAACGCCGACAGGCUUCAGCCUAACAAAGCGACUUCGGGUCACUCGCGGGGCGACCUCGAGGACGAGGAGGGGGAACGAGGGUUGCUCAUCAGCAAGGCCGAGCACUCGACUACCGCCGUCACCAUGACUUCUCGGUCCAACAUAACCGUCACCAGCGAGUCGAGGGACCACGCGCAGAACAAGGACUCCUCGAAGGACUCGGCCAGGGAGGCCGUUAAGAACGGAACCCAGCUCACCCUCCUCACCCAAGUCUGAGAUGCCCGGAUUUUCGACUCGUUGUUGUCGUUGUUGUUGUUGUUGUUGUUACACCGUCUCUCAUAUCAUCGUUAUUCUUAUCCCCCUAACCCCCGAUCGAACAAUUCUCCUCGCGAGGGUGAAACUCCGCGUAUUUAAAGUUUGUGCCGAAGGAUAAGCAAUACGCGUGUGCCGGACGAUUUUUCAUCAUGCCGCGGAUCGUCUGCGUCAUAUACUCGUAUACACUAUACCCAAGUAAAUUCGUGUCAUUCGGUUAUAUUUCUUAUUUUCUCCCUCACUCGAAGUUUCUUUUUCUUUCUCCAGUCGCGAAACAAUUAUUCCGAACCAAAGAUAAUAUAUAUAUAUAUAUAUAUAUAUAUACACGUUACACAAGCGACCACUUACUUCGUACACCUACGCGAUGCGUACGCGUAUACAAUAUUAUACGUAUAUACCAAAUUUAGUAUCUAUAAUUGUCAAUCGAUGUUUUAUUCCCGUUGUCGUUGUUAACCUCAAUCCAAAGGUCUGCGUAAGACGUAUCGGCGCCGAAAUAUUUACGUCUCGCGAAUCACGUACGUAAUCAGCAAGUUUCGUUGUACCGAAAUCGGUGCACGUGAGCAUGUGUAAUACUUUAUACACGAUACGCCAGAGAAGAAAGUGCAGUGCGUUAUUGUCGGGUGAAAUACGAAUAAUAUAUCAGCUCCUUUGUCGCCCAGCUGCUGCAGGGAGAGGGAGGUUCCUCGAUCCGGCCAAGCGACGUUCUAAUAUCUAAUUAGUCAAUCAUGUAAUUGAUGUGAGUGAAAAUAUCAAACGACGUUGUGUGUAAAUACGUAUAAUGAAUGUUUGUAAAUUUUUUGAAUUUAUUUAAAAAAAAGAAAAAAAAAAACAUGUAAUUUUUCUUUUUCUUCCACUUCUUUUGUACAAUAUAUUCAAUUCAAUUAUCGUGUAAUCUAGAUACAUUGAAAUCAAACAUUUCAAACACUAGUUCGUCCGUGUCUGCGGGUGUUUACGCGUAUAACGCGUGCUGUGCGUUGGGUUAAAAUUUCGAAGAAAGAAAACAAAGGAGCAAAUGCCACGUUUUAGAUUUGUUAGCCAAGGGAUGAAAAGUCCCCCCCCCCCCCCCCCCCCCCACCGAUGCAUGGAAAAACGACCUGCAUCGUUUCAUUCGGCACACAAUAUCGAUCCAGCGAUUAUACAUACACGUAUGUACGUAUCUACCCUGUACAUAUGUGCGUACCUAUGAGCCAAUCCACGGAAAAUACAAUCGGCUAACAAACCAAACGAAAUCAAACCGCUCCUGCAGGCAUCAUCCAACGUUUGGCCGUGCAGACUGCCCGAUGCGUAUGGAAAUUUUGCAUACGUUAUCGAAUCGUUUAUACGUGUGUGUACAGAGUGGCGGGUAUCAGCGGAUGACAGUCCUCGACACCGAACGUCAUUAGUAAUCACUCGCUAUUAUUCAACGCGUUUGGAAUUUCACCAUUCAAUACACAUUGUACGCACAAAAUUUCUGACGAUGAGAAAAUUUUCGUGAAAUUUACAACCUCUCGCCAGCUCACCUUCACCUUCGAGCCAAUAACUCGACAUCCGACGCUAUGACACGAGAAUUUUAUCUUUUCAUUUUUACAUAUGUACAUGUAUAUAUAUAUAUAUAUAUAUACAUAUAUAUGUACUUCGUUUGUCAUUAGUGAGGUGUUUAUUUUUUUUCUUCUUAUCUUUUGUCAUAAUUUCACACACCACGAACCAUGCGAUCCCAACAAAGAGUCUAUAGAUAUCUCAAAGUGAGCCGGCGAUUUGAAUAUUUGCUAUAUAAGAUUCGAUUCGAGACCAGCAUCAGUUUUAUUCGAUGCCUGCAUACCAAUAUAAUAAUUAUAUAAGAUUUAUAACAAUAUGACUCAUUUUUCUCAUUGACAUGGUAAUAUUAUACAUAUACAUGUGUUAUAUGUGUAAAUAAUUUUAUGUAUAUUACGGU